GUUGGGCCAUUGAAUCGAUCUUUAUGGCUUCAUUCCAUCAGAGAUGCUGCUCUUUGCGUCACCGAUCUGGUCAAUUUACAAUGUUUAUACUUUCGGAAUGGGUCAUUAAACCCUAAUGAUGUGAAACACUGCCUGUGGGAUCAAUACAUCAAUAACCCCAGCACCAACAGAAAGUAUCUAAUGAACAUUUUGCACAAAUUUCACGUUGGCCCUAGGGGGUGGGGGGGUAGGGGUUCUGAGUCAUUGGGGGAUAAAUAGCCAGGCUGUGAAACUGACAUAAAUUGAACCAGUCUAAAGUGUAUAUAAACUGGGGACUGAUGCUGAACAUCUUACAGGCACUUCUGCAAUUUCGCCUUGUGUGGCUUUUCUUUAAUCUGCCCAGAGGAGAUGAUGCCAGUAAAAUGUUCUCUUCUCCUGCGGCUCUCCCUGAUCCUCCUGAUGUUGUUGGUGUCCUUAGACCUGGCUCGGGGCUGGUACAAACAGGCGGCCAAGACUCGCUAUUACACCGUAGGGAGAGCCUCUGGGAUCCUGUUGGGAAUCCACCGAUCGCCUUACACUAGGCGCCGCUCGCUCGCCCAGGAGCGUCCGAGUGAUCCUCUGCCCUCCCAGACCCCGGCCACAGCCAGGCACCAGCCCCCAAUCCGCAGGGCUUUCACGCCAGAUCCAGCCAGCCUUCGUCCGCUAGCCAUCAGCAGAGCUCUGUCUCUGUCCAGGAAAAGCCGCUCACCCACUGGUCAUCUACCCGAGAGCAGCCUCUCUGAGUUUGGGCAUCUGCCCAGGAUCAACUUGGUGGCAAAACAGGACUUGGAAACCCAGGAGGGAAACUCGUACAAGUUCGUUCCUUUGAGGGAUGGAACACCUGAUAUCCAGUCUUGCAUGGUUCUGCCAACCAACUCCAACAUUUUUGUCUGUCAGGCUCGUGUGUAUGUCUCUCUGGAAAUCGGAGGUUGGAGAAACGACAGCAUUUGA